AUGCAAGCCGCAAGAAUCAAGAGGCAGAAGGUGAGUGUGGCAUGCCAACCGUGCCGUCUCCGGAAGACCAAGUGCGACGGCCGCGGACCCGUGUGUCAACCCUGCCAGAAAAAGGCCGGAAUUGGCCUCAUAUGUACCUGGAACCUCAGUACGGCGGCUGCGCUUCCACCGCCAUCUACAACUACAGGGCCUACCCAAAGAGCCGGAACACAGGCUCCGCUCCCAGCUCCGGCCACUUCCCUCGAGGGGUCUUGGCCACAGGGCGCACUUGCUCACGGAGAGCCACCUCCCGGUCGGACACAGCCCAUUAUCUAUCAAUCCACUCGUCACCCACCGCCUCAUUCGCCGCCUGCGCCUGAUUUCCAGCCACGCGAUGCCGGUCAGCGUAGCUUUGCGAAGCUCCCUGGAGGUCAGGAUGCCGCCCCGGGACCGCAACAUGUAUCUCCUUCCGAGCAGUCAGUCCAUGCCAUCAUCGGCGCCGCUUUGGAAGAAGAGAGUGGGGCAGGCUUCUUUGGUAGCUCGAGCGCCGGAACUUUUAUGCAAAGCGUGAAAAGAAUGAUCCAGCAGAAGGUCACUGGUGCCACGCAACCGGAACCCCAAUCUCUGAACGAAAGCCCGCAACUUCGACACUUGCCAGCCUCAGGCAACCGGCAGAUUAUACAGAAACAGAUUGACUACAUCCUUCCAUCUCGGCGUAGGGCAGACAAUUUGAUGUCUGUGUACUGGGAGUUCGUCCACGUUCUAUACCCGUACUUGGACAAACUCCAAGUUCAAGAGGAUUAUGAGAAAUUAUGGAAAGGCGACACAGAACCUAUUCAUGAUGAACGGUCUUUCCUCGGUCUCCUCAAUGCUAUGUUUGCACUGUCUAGCCAGCUGAAUGAAUCAACCCCGAUCGAAGAACGAGAGCAGCUUGCUCAAACUUAUUACCUAAGAGCGCGAGGCCUGCUGGAUAUUGUCGAGGGCGGAUCAGUACGCUCUGUACAGUCAUUCUUGAUCCUUGCUCAAUACUUUCAGAGCACUAAUCAGCCGCAUCCAUGUUGGAUGUUUGUUGGACUUGGUAUACGCACUGCACAAAGCCUGGGGCUCCAUCUACCAGAGACUAGUGGAGGUGCCACUGACAUCCGAACACGAGAGCUCCUCCGCAGGCUUUGGCAUGGAUGUAUCCUGAUGGACAGGGUUAUCUGCAUGACGUACGGCCGCCCGUGCAUGAUCGGUCCGAAAGCAGCUGUCACAGUACCACUUCCCCUCGCGAUCGAGGAUGAGGAUCUCAUGCGCAGCCCUUCAAGAGGACAAAUCGCCGACGUACAGCGAUCAUCAGAGGUCGAGGUCUACGUCUACUCACUUCAACUAUACACAAUUUUGCACGAUGUGUUGUUCAAUUUCUAUUCUGUCAACUUCCAACAAAUUCGUCCUCUGGAUGCCGAUAGAUACUUCGGCUCUUUGAGCGAAGGGCAGUCCUCGGUAUUUGAAAUUGAACACCGACUGUUCAAGUGGGAGAACAGCAUCCCCGACCACUUGAAGAUGGCUUCGAGACCUCAGGGCGAUAGCAUACGAUCUCAGCGAUAUCGACAGGCCGUUAUCUUGCAUCAAAGUCAACUGCAUGUCCGCCUAUUACUCUUAAGACCUGUUCUGUCCAGUUUUAUCACCACCGAGUUCUACGACGGAGAUCGCUCUGUUCCCUUAGCCAGCGCCUUGUCCCACAGAGCCUUCCUACAAUGUGCAAUUGUUUGUGUCCGCGUCGCGCUGGAAGUCAUCCACAUAAUCUACCAAGAAAGGGGCCACAACGCUGGUGAUGUUGGAAGUCUGGCAGCAUGGUGGUAUAACGUCCUUUAUCUAUACACGUCAGCAACGGUGCUUAUUGCCGCUCGACUCAGCCCUGCCAUCCUGGUUGAUGUCUCUGAAGAAUCGAUCCUUGAUGGCUGGCGCAAGGCCAUGGAGAUCCUCGAUUGGUACAGCCCCUUCGGCACAUCCAUCCAGCGUCUCACGACGACUCUGCGUCUCCUUUCCGACGCCGUCCCGCAACAAUACUCUCGAUUCAGAGGAAGCUCCCAACAACUUCAACCGACAGUGCCGUCAGCAACUCAGAAUCUCGGCCAGAGCUCGCCCUCCAUGUACGCUUGGCGCCCGCCUGAGCCAGUAGACCACAUGCCGGCGACCCUUGACGGUACAACAGGCGUCAUUACUCAAGAUGAUAUUUACCCCCUCAUCAACGACUCUUUCCUUGAUUUUGACUCGGUAUUUGAUCCCAACGAUCUUUCUUGGCUUAUGACGAUUCCUCUGGAUAGUUGA